UUCAUCAAAUCUUGAUUUCUUCAACUCAAUGCUCGUAAUGCUGGGGCAAAGCUGGAAUUUCACUUGUGGGUAGAGAAAAGCUUGUGUGGGGAACAUGAAAGCCACGUUUCCACAUGUUUUUUCAGACUCCGCAAAUUUACCACUCUAUUAUCUUCUCGACUCUCCUUUUCCAUUGUAUUCUGUUCCUUACCACACAAAGCAGCAGCUGCUAGCAAAGAGAAAGCAAAAAAAGUAAUUAUAGGCAUAGCAAAUGGCCCUUCAGGCUCCCACAAAAUCCUUAAGACCAGGCUCUCCACUUGCUCCCACUGGCAAUGCUGGCCUGCGGGCACCCUCGGAUCGUUUUGCUCUGAAAUCAGCUUUCUUUUCUUCAUCACUUCACCUAUUACUUCCUUCUCGUCAGCAGUUUCCCUCUGCUUCUACUGCACCAAGGUUUUUCAUGCGUGUGGCCUCCAAGCAAGCCUAUAUUUGCCGUGAUUGCGGGUAUAUAUAUAAUGAGAGGACUCCCUUUGAGAAAGUACCUGACAGUUAUUUUUGUCCUGUUUGUGGUGCUCCUAAGAGGAGAUUCAGGCCAUAUCAGCCUGCCGUGGCAAGAAAUUCCAAUGACACGGACGUUAGAAAGGCAAGAAAAGAACAAAUGAAAAGAGAUGAAGCUGUUGGGAGGGCAUUGCCAAUUGCAAUUGUGGUUGGAAUCGCAGCACUUGCUGGUUUGUACUUCUACCUCAACAAUACCAUCGUAGGAUGAAUGACAGCGAGUAAUUGU